AGAAACAAACCAUAGUCAUGUACUGCCACUUAAGAAAAUAUUACUAGUUUUAUAAUAAUUUGAAGGGAUAAUAUUAAUACAUAUGUUGGUCCUGAAGAGUUGUUAAAGGUUAACACUAACAGAGAGAGGAGUUGCAGCACAAUUGAGUGAGUGAUACAAUAUGGAAGGAAUUUCUGUAGUGCCGGUGGAAGCACUACUAUCCAAGCGUGUACAAGAAAUGGUCCAAAAUGGUGAGGAACCACCUCCACCUUAUGUUUGCAGAGACGAUGAGUCUGCACAAAACGUCCCUUCUGCAUCUUCUUUACUACCCAUCAUUGAUUUUAAACUUCUCUUUUCACCAACUAAACAAAAAGAAGAGUUACAAAAGCUAAGAUCAGCUCUCUCUUGCUGGGGAUGCUUUCAGGCAAUAAACCACGGAACUUCAAGCACACUUUUGGAUAAGGUUCGACAAGUUGCAAGGGAAUUCUUUGAGCAGCCAAUGGAGCAAAAGAAGAUAAUUUCGAAAGGGGUGGAAGAAUUUGAAGGGUACGGUGCUGAUCCUGCUCCUGAAGAAGGCCAAUCUUUAGAUUGGUCAGAUCGUUUGUGUCUUGAUGUAUACCCUGAAGAUAGAAGGAAGCCAAGCCUGUGGCCAGAAAAUCCAUCAUCCUUUAGGGAUGUUUUGGAAGAAUACACCGUAAAGAUGAGAGAGGCAACAAAUCUUAUUUCUAGAGCCAUUGCAAAGUCACUGGAUUUAGAAGAAAAGUGCUUCAUGAGUCAAUUUGGUGAACAAGCAUUGCUGCAAAUUAGGUUCAACUACUACUCUUGUUGUACUCGACCUGAUCUUGUGCUUGGGCUUAAACCCCAUGCAGAUGGAUCAGGGUACACCAUUAUACUGCAAGAUGAUGUUGAAGGCCUCCAAGUCCACCAUGAUGGAAAAUGGUUCACAGUUCCUACAAUUUCUCAUGCCCUUUUAGUUCUCAUGGGUGAUCAAAUGGAGAUAAUGACUAAUGGAAUUUUCAAAAGUCCUGUGCAUAGGGUACUAGCGAACUCCGAGAGGGAAAGAAUAUCUGUUGCAAUGUUCUACACCCCUGAGCCAAACAAAGAAAUUGGACCAGAACAAGGUUUGGUGAACGAAGAACAGCCAAAGCUGUUCAUGAAAGUGAAAGAUUAUGCUGAUACACAUUGGAAAUACUACCAGCGAGGAAUGAGAGCAAUCCAUGUAGCAAGAGUGUGACAUCACUGUUGCGGUUUGACUGCUGGAGCUCUGAGUAUAUGAUUAUAGAUCUACCAAUGCUGAGUGCGCAUGCACACAUAUUAGAGUUUUCUAUUAUAUUUAGUGUGUUGUUUUGAUAAAACUAUUGUCGUUAAUAUUUAUAAGAAAGAAUGUCACUCGAUUAAAUAAUAUAAAUAAUAUGCGUGAAUUAAUGAGA